AUUAUCAUAAUCAUUACUUUAAAGAAGUUGACAUAUCAUGUCAAUAUUUCUUAACACUGGCAAUUCUUAAACUCCAACGACAUGAAAUGAAUCAUAGCAUGCAUUAUCAAUGUCAUCUAUCUAAUUUGGAAUAUGAACUUAAGCAACAGGUAACUGUUGAAUCACCAAGAGGCAUGUUUUCUGAAGAUAUGUUUGAUACAUGUGUGAUAGAACUUGCACAGUUAAUUGUAGAUUUAGAUCCAACAAGAAUAUGUGAACUUUGGCCAAUUGAAACAGGCAGAAUAGAAGAGCUUUACAAAAUACAUGAUAAGCUUAUCAAAGAAAUUGAAUUUAAAGUGACUCAAAUUGUGCAAGGCAAUGAAACUACUGAAUUUGCUUGUACUAUUAGUAACCCAAUCAGCAUUAGAAAAAAAGGUCGAAAGCCCAAAAAUGUGAGUGGGGAUCAUAAAAGCAAAAAAAGACAAGUGGUUGAAUGUAAUCAGAAUAAAGAAAAUAGCAUUUAUGAUAAUGAUCAUGGAGAAUUGCUACAUAAAAGGCUUCAAAAAGCAUUACAAGAUAAUUUAAAUACAAAUAUGU